ACCGCACGGGAUCUAUCGCUUGCGCGACUACGGUCACAUUGUUCGGUGGUUGUAAAAAUUCCGUGAGUGUUUCGCAGCGACUCCGAUUUUAAACGCGAAUUACCCAACGAAAGAGUGCAAUAUACCGUGGAAAGCGAAGUCCACCCGCCCAGCGACCUUGCGGAGUGGUAAAAUGUCUUGUGCGGCCACCCUCUCGUCGGCCAAGGACUCCACCAAUGCAAAUGCCAGCGGUGGUGGUGGUGUAGGAGGAGGAGGAGCACCGACAAACAGCAAUACCAACACUAACACCAACACACAGUCCACAGCUGUGGGUGUGGUAGUGAGCAGUGCAGCGGGCGGAGGUGUUGGCGGCGGAGGAGGUGGGGGUGGCUCCCUUCCCGGUGGCACCGCCUCCUCAUCCUCCGCCUCCGCCACCGGUGGCGUUGCAGCGGGCGGCGGCGGCAAUUCGGCAGCGGCCCUCGUCCGAAGAUUCUCCAUGGAGGGCGUGGGUGCCAGGGUGAUCCGCGGACCGGACUGGAAGUGGAACAAACAGGACGGCGGCGAAGGACACGUGGGCACCGUUCGCAAUUUCGAAUCCGCCGAGGAGGUGGUCGUGGUCUGGGACAAUGGAACUGCUGCCAACUACCGCUGCGCCGGAGCCUAUGAUCUGCGCAUCCUGGACAGUGCACCCACGGGCGUAAAGCACGAGGGCACCAUGUGCGACACUUGCCGCCAGCAACCGAUCUUUGGCAUCCGCUGGAAGUGUGCCGAGUGCAUUAACUACGAUUUGUGCUCCAUUUGCUACCACGGAGAUAAACAUCAUCUGAGGCACCGUUUCUACAGGAUCACCACGCCAGGAGGAGAACGAACCAUGCUGGAACCGCGUCGUAAGUCCAAGAAAGUGCUCGCCAGAGGCAUAUUCCCGGGAGCUCGUGUGGUUCGCGGCGUGGAUUGGCAGUGGGAGGAUCAGGACGGAGGCGUUGGUCGGCGUGGCAAGGUCAACGAGAUCCAGGACUGGUCUUCGGCAUCGCCAAGAUCGGCAGCCUACGUGAUUUGGGACAAUGGCUCCAAGAAUCUGUACCGCGUGGGAUUUGAGGGCAUGGCAGAUCUAAAGGUCGUUAACGAUGCCAAGGGUAGUAACGUUUACCGGGAUCAUCUGCCACUGCUGGGCGAAAACGGACCCGGAAAAGGACCGCAUGGCUUCCAGAUCGGCGACAAGGUCACCGUGGAUCUAGACCUAGAAAUCGUUCAGUCUCUGCAGCAUGGACAUGGUGGCUGGACCGAUGGCAUGUUCGAGUGCCUAAGCAACGCAGGAAUGGUCGUGGGCAUCGAUGAGGAUCACGACAUUGUGGUGGCUUACAAUUCCGGAAAUCGCUGGACAUUCAAUCCAGCCGUCCUCACAAAAGUAUCCUCGCCAACCACUGCUCCGCCCGAGUUUCAAGUGGGCGACAUUGUCAAGAUCUGUUCGGAUGUGGAGAGCAUCAAGAUUUUACAGCGAGGACACGGCGAGUGGGCUGACGCCAUGCAAUUGACUCUGGGAAAGAUCGGUCGCGUGCAGCAGGUCUACCAUGAUAACGACCUUAAAGUGGAGGUGGGCAAUACUUCGUGGACCUACAAUCCGCUGGCCGUUUGCAAGGUGGCUUCUUCCACUGCCUCCGAUGGGAGCUGCGCUCCAGUUAUCCCCAGUAGUGAACGUCUUUCGGCCAUUCUCAAAAAGCUGUUCGAACCAAAUGUCUCCGGCGAUGCCACUGAGGAAUUUGUCAAGGCAGCAGCAAAUGGAUUUGCAGCACGUUGUGAGGAGUACUUGGCUGGCGCAGCUCAACCCUCGACCUCCAGUGCCUCGCCCAGUUCUGGACCGGAUGUCAAUGUGAAUGGUGUGUUUGCCGGACAUACUGCUCUGCAAGCAGCCAGCCAGAAUGGCCAUAUUGAAGUGAUACAGGUACUACUACGGCACGCCGUCGACGUAGAAAUUGAGGACAAGGACGGAGAUCGCGCUGUCCACCAUGCCGCGUUUGGUGACGAGGCGGCGGUGAUCGAGAUAUUGGCCAAAGCCGGUGCGGACUUAAAUGCUCGCAAUAAGCGAAGGCAGACGUCUCUGCACAUUGCUGUCAAUAAGGGCCAUUUGAACGUAGUGAAGACGCUUCUAACGCUAGGUUGCCAUCCAAGUUUGCAAGAUUCUGAGGGCGAUACCCCCCUACACGAUGCCAUAUCUAAGGAGCACGACGAGAUGCUGUCCCUGUUGCUGGACUUCGGGGCUGACAUCACGCUAAACAACAAUAAUGGAUUCAAUGCAUUGCAUCAUGCUGCUCUCAAGGGUAAUCCCAGUGCCAUGAAGAUCCUGCUCACCAAGACGAACCGUCCGUGGAUUGUGGAGGAGAAGAAGGAUGAUGGCUACACAGCACUGCACCUGGCAGCACUUAACAACCACGUUGAAAUUGCUGAGCUACUAGUGCAUAUGGGUAAGGCCAAUAUGGACAGGCAAAAUGUGAAUCUCCAGACGGCUUUGCAUCUAGCGGUGGAGCGUCAGCAUGUGCAGAUCGUCAAGCUGCUGGUGCAGGAUGGUGCAGAUCUAAACAUACCCGACAAAGACGGGGAUACUCCGCUGCAUGAAGCGCUGCGACAUCACACUCUCUCGCAGCUGAAGCAACUGCAAGAUGUGGAAGGAUUUGGUAAGCUUUUAAUGGGCCUGAGGAAUGCUAAUAACAAGAAGGCCUCUGCUUCAAUUGCAUGCUUCUUGGCUGCCAAUGGAGCUGAUUUGACUUUGAAGAAUCGCAAGCAGCAGACCCCACUUGACCUGUGCCCGGAUCCCAAUCUCUGCAAGACCCUGGUCAAGUGCUAUAACGAAAGGAAGACCGACGACUCUGAGUUGCCCGGAAAUGUCGCUGGCACGAGUUCAAAUGCCAGGGCAAGAGCAGCCAGUGGUAGCUUAAAUCAGUCCUCCUCAGCCAAUAUGCCGCUCUCCAGCCUGGCUGCCUCAUCCACUUUCCCAGCUGCCUCAUCUUCCAUAUUUGCGCUCAAUGGCAUCGCCAACGAAAUGAGCCAGUCCCUGCACGAGGAUCCUCCGAAAUCGUCAGCCAGCCUGGAUGAGUGCUUGGUUUGCUCGGAUGCCAAGCGGGAUACGGUGUUUAAACCCUGCGGCCAUGUCAGUUGCUGCGAAACCUGCGCUCCGAGGGUGAAGAAGUGCCUCAUCUGUCGGGAGACCGUCUCCUCGCGCGAAAAGAUCGACGAGUGUCUGGUGUGCUCGGAUCGCAGGGCAGCCGUUUUCUUCCGCCCCUGUGGCCAUAUGGUCGCAUGUGAGCACUGCAGUGCUUUGAUGAAAAAGUGCGUCCUGUGUCGCACGCAAAUCGAUGAGAUAUUAUCCUUCAGUCUCUGCUGCGGAGGAAGUGGCCGACCGGAGAAGGUGUCCGUGGCAGCUGGAGCGAUGGCAACAGUGGGCUUGCCGCUGCCCGACGAUCGUUUCAUGGAAGCUGCAGCAGCGGCAGCUUGUGCCAAUGCCUCUGGCCAUAGCGUGGCCAUGAACAACACCGUGGUUACUCCGGUGGCGGGCAGCAGCAAUCAGUUGAAUAGCCAGAAUAAUCUUCUGGCCGCUGCAGCAGCCUCUUCGAAUGUCUCGAAUCUGGCAGCAGCUGGAAACGCGAUGGUGGCUCCUUCCAAUGUCAACAACUUCCAGAUGGAUGAUGUCCAAAAGUUAAAGCAGCAGUUGCAGGACAUCAAGGAACAGACUAUGUGUCCUGUCUGCUUCGACCGCAUAAAGAACAUGGUCUUCCUAUGUGGCCACGGCACGUGCCAGAUGUGCGGCGACCAGAUUGAGGGGUGUCCCAUUUGCCGCAAGACCGUGGAAAAACGCAUCCUGCUCUUCUGAAGCCCGUUCCCGGCUCACACAUUCCGCGCACAGUCUGCACAGCCUUCGAAGUAUUAGGAUAUUUAAAGGACUCACAUUCUUAUACACACAUAUAUACACACAGAAUAUCAUAUAUAUAUAACUAUA